GUUCAGUAUUAUCCAAAGGCAGGGUUCGUCCCGUGGACCUUGAUUGCCGAUGACUUCAAUUCCUGUCAUUAAUGGGCUGUGCCGAUCCCAGUACAGUGUGGCUUGGGCGUCCAUACCAUUGAUAUGCGGUCAACUAUACUCCCCAAGCAUGAACUAUUAUCCUACAAGCGGUUUCAAAAAAGCUAAUCUUAACAUGACCCAAGUGGAACAUCUUCCCUUUUUUGCGCUUAGAGCUUCGGGCACGCUCUACUCACCGAACGCUGAUUGGUUGCGUCUUGCUCGCUUCUUGCUUUCUCACGUUCACGUUCUCCUUCUGGCCUUGAUUUCAUAUACCACACUUAUGUUGCUCUUAUUCCAGCCAAUCCGAAAAUAUUGCAAUUGUCAUGACAUCUUCCCUCCACGCUUCCUCGAUGCCGCCACACGUACGAGCAUUCCGACUGUGCCCAUAAGUCCUGUCCUUGCGAACACAAUUUUCACUACACAUGUGACGCGGAUUGAUUGUGCACAUACACAAUUCCUGCACCAAAUAUGUACAGCACUCCAGCCCAUGCACGUGAGACACUGUCUGGCGGACCAGGCUCAUAAAUCAUCAAGCAAGGGUCAUACGGAUUCCCUUGCUGUCAUCAUCCUCAACCAGUCUAGGUCACUGGCAUUCCAACGCGCAUGCUAGAACUCGCCGUUGAUAUCGAAUUGGACUGAAUGCAUAUAUCAUAUCCUUCCUCAACUUUCCAUAAGCAGGCGGCGGAGGCCC